AUGAAUUAGAUGUAAUGUCAGUUUCUAAGAUAAUAUCUGAAACAAUUUUUUGAGGGUGGUAGUUUACAGAAAUAUAAUUAAGUUGUAUAAUUGAGGAAAGACCUAUGAAUAGUUCAAGAAUAUGUCUAGUUUGAAAAGCGUGUAGAAGCAUGUGUGUCAGCUAGCACUAGAUAGUGUUAUGCUUUGUGGUCAUGUUGGAGACCAGAUUUACGCGUGGAAUGCCAGAUACCUUUUGGCAGCCUAGUUCUAGCUACGGACUAAAGAUUCACCAGGAAAUGGCUGCACCUAAUCUGAAAUAUGGCAAGGCGAGCCAAGAUGAUAUAUGUUAUGUUGUGGCAAAAUAUGACUAUGAACACCAAGGCCCCCAAGAACUUGAUCUCCGUAAAAAUGAACGUUAUGUGUUAAUUGAUGAUUCCAAACAUUGGUGGAAAGUACAGAAUUCUAGAAAUCAAGCAGGAUAUGUUCCUAGCAAUUAUGUUAAAAAAGAAAAGCCUUCCCUCUUUGAUAGUAUCAAAAAGAAGGUAGGCACCACUAUCGCGGUAAAAAAAGGUUCAGGAUCAAAAACGCUACCAUCGAACAAUUCCCCUUCUAGAACAGUAGAAUCUCCUAGUAUGGCACGACGAGCUGCAACAGACCCUGCUGAAGCUAUUGGGGUUGCUGUAGUCAAGUAUAACUACCAAGCACAACAACCUGAUGAAUUGUCUUUGGUUAAGGGGUCAAGAAUUUUGAUUCUCGAAAAAAGUAAUGACGGAUGGUGGCGAGGGCAGAGUAGCAAUAUUACAGGAUGGUUUCCAUCAAAUUAUACUCAAGAGGAAGGUGAUCUUGAUGAUACAAUGCACACAUAUGCCAUGGCUGAAAAUGUACUCGAUAUAGUAGUAGCUCUAUAUUCUUUCACUUCUUCAAAUGACCAAGAGCUGUCAUUUGAGAAAGGCGAUAGGCUGGAAAUAUUAGACAGGCCCCCUAGUGACCCAGAGUGGUACAAGGCAAGAAAUGCCCAAGGUCAGAUAGGUUUAGUCCCAAGAAAUUAUUUACAAGAAUUGUCUGAUUAUAUGGAUAGGCCAUAUCAGGAGAGAGGAAAGCAAGAGCGAAUUGAUUCAUCAAUGGUCAGUUCGCAGGUGUCAAUGAUUGAUAAACCUCAUCUUAUUGAUAAGCCAUGGUACUAUGGAACCAUUACCAGAAAUCAAUGUGAUAAUCUCCUUAAUCAGUUUGGACAUGAUGGAGACUUUUUAAUUAGAGAUAGUGAAACAAACGUUGGAGAUUACUCAGUUUCUUUGAAAGCUCCAGGUCGAAACAAGCAUUUCCGAGUGCACGUCGAGGGCGCCCUGUACUGCAUAGGACAACGAAAAUUUCACACCCUUGACCAAUUAGUAGACCACUACCAGAGGGCUCCUAUAUACACCAAUAAACAAGGUGAAAAAUUGUAUCUGGUGCGUCCAUUGCCCAAGACAAAAUAAUAGACAAAAUACUAUUAGGGGCGUUAUUUAUGAAAAUGAAUGUGGAUGUUUUGCUGCAAUACUCAGAUUUUACAUAUAGGUAAAUUGUCGGCAGUUUCAUUUUAACUAAUUAUAUGUAGGUACAUACUAGGUAAAUUGAAUAUAAAAGCAAUAAACAGGUAAAAUUGGUCCAUCUCAGACAGCAACGAGGAAAGAAUUAAAUGAUUUUCCACGCAUGCACAAAAUUUUCAGUUUUACUUGCAAUUUUUUUUAACCGUAAUAUAUUCAGAUUUAACCCGUUUUUCCAUCAUGGCAUUGAAAAAUAUUGCUGGAAAAAUGCCACAGCUAUAGUGAAAAUCAUCCAAAUCACUUACAGCAAGUGGUGCCCUCGGCCACAUUGAAUGCGAAGCUUGAAAUGACUGGCGCUUGCGCAAAUGGCAUUCUGCGUGAUGUUUGGAAAGCGGCUUAGAUAUAUUCAAUUUAUCUAUAAAGCUAUUAACUUUAGGUAGCUACAUAAAUUAUUUUUAUAAUAGUUUAGCCAGUUCUAUUCUAUAAAGGUGUUUCUUUAGCGCCUCUCGUUUUUUUUAUGGUUGGAACAUCCAUUCAUUCUUUUUUAUUUUGAACGUCACAUUAGAUAUAUUUUUGUGUGAGUGAAUUUUUGAGUUUGCAGACAGCUUUAGUGUAAUGAUAUAUCAUUAAUAAAAUUAAAUAUGUGAUGGAAAUAUUGAUGAUUUUCUCGCUAUACUUCUCUUGGCAGUGCUUGUACCAACAUGAUAUUGCUUUAUAUUAGGAAUAGGUUAAUUAGCCCAGAACAAUUUUUUUUUCAGUUUUUGAUUUUGAUCUCUUCAGUGUGGUAAAUUGUCAUUUUUUCCAUUACAUACUCUGUAAAAUAUCUGGUCGUAUAUUUACCCUUUUACUUUGUUAUUUUUGUAUAUAUUUUGUAAGUUAUUAAAUAAAAUUUAGUGUUUUGCAUUAAGAUGUAAAGAAUAUGUUUUUUUUUUAUUCUUUAUAUAUAUAUGAACUAGAACCACUUUUAAUAUAUUAGUCCAAUUUAAUAUAUACCUUUUUGCUCAUGCCAGUUUACAGUCAGCCAAGC